CCUCACCUUCCUCCGGCCAAAUGGUCGGGGCCCACGCUAGUAUUAAAUAGUUCAAGACACAAAUGCUAUUUUCCCGAUAGUUUGAGUUUUAUAGGGUAUUAGUCUCAUUAUAAAGCACACUAAUUAAUAAUAGUAUCCACCCCUUACUUUAUUCCCCGCCUUUAGAAGUCAAUGAGUCGUGUGUAAUGAGGUUAGGGAAAAUAAUGAUUAUUUGAUAUUAUAAACAAGAAACAUUAUUUGUAAGCAUGGGUCAUUUCGGUGACCCGCAGUCCACCCCACCUAUAUGAAUAAAUACGAGUAGGAGGUUUAUCAAUUCGCAACCCACCUACAUCAAUCACUCACCCACUACAUAUCGAGUAUUUGUGGGUGGAUUGAUAUCAAAUCGCGGCGAAGCUCUACAUCAACAACACAAGAAAAUAAAUCCUUAAUCUCCUUUUUUUUUUCUUCAUAGAAUCCUUAAUCUCAUUUUAAUAAAUUAAUUAAUAAUACCACUAAUGAUUAUUUCAUUAUUGUUUUUGGUUUCUACGCUUUCCCCUGAGCACCACUCAUCUCAAGCCCUGCCCUACCAACAAAACCAACGCAACGCCCUCUCCCUCCCUCUCAAUUUCCCAUUCCAUUCAUUCAUUCAUUCAUUCAUUCAUCUUCUUCCCCACACCCACAUUCAAAUCCCCAAAUAGGAAUCAGGAAGAAACAAAACCAAAUCCUAGAACCAGAGAGAGCCGCCCCCCCCGUCUCCACAAUCGCCUUCCUCCGAUAAAAAAAAACCCAUCCAUGGCGACGAAAGUCCCCAAUUCCCCGACCUCCAGCAGCGGCGGCGGAGCCGGAACCACCAGCAGCAACCAAGGCAUGCUUCUAGGUCGGUACGAGGUCGGCAAGCUGCUCGGCCACGGCACCUUCGCCAAAGUCUACCACGCCCGCAACGUCAAGACCAACGAGAGCGUCGCGAUCAAGGUAAUCGACAAGGAGAAGAUCAUGAAGGGCGGCCUAAUCGCCCACAUCAAGCGCGAGAUCUCCAACCUCCGCCGCGUCCGCCACCCGAACAUCGUCCACCUCUUCGAGGUCAUGGCCACGAAAGCCAAGAUCUACUUCGUCAUGGAGUACGUCCGCGGCGGCGAGCUCUUCAACAAGGUCGCCAAGGGCCGGCUGAAGGAGGACGCCGCCCGCCGCUACUUCCAGCAAUUGAUCUCCGCCGUCGCCUUCUGCCACGCCCGCGGGGUCUUCCACCGCGACCUCAAGCCGGAGAACCUCCUCCUCGACGAGAACGGCAGCCUGAAGGUCUCCGAUUUCGGCCUCAGCGCCGUCGCCGACCAGAUCCGGCAGGACGGCCUCUUCCACACGUUCUGCGGCACCCCUGCCUACGUGGCGCCGGAGGUCCUCGCGAGGAGAGGCUACGACGCCGCCAAGGUAGACAUCUGGUCCUGCGGCGUGAUUUUGUUCGUGCUAAUGGCGGGGUACCUCCCUUUCCACGAUCAGAACGUGAUGCUCAUGUACAAGAAGAUCUACAAGGGCGAAUUCCGGUGCCCUAAGUGGUUCUCCCCUGAGCUCUCCAAGCUGCUGACGAAGCUCCUCGACACGAACCCUGCCACGAGAAUCACAAUUCAAGAGGUAAUGGAGAAUCGAUGGUUCAAAAGAGGGUUUAAGCACAUCAAAUUUUACAUAGAAGACGAUAGGGUUUGCAAUGUGGAUGAAUUGAUGAACCAGGAUCAGAGCCAGAACCAGGACGAUGCGGGUUCGUGCUCGGACACCUCGAUGUCCGAAUCGGAUUCCGAAUUCGAAUCGAGGCGGAGGGUGGCCUCGCUGCAGAGACCCGCGAGCUUGAAUGCAUUCGACAUCAUAUCGUUCUCGCCCGGGUUCAAUCUGUCCGGGCUGUUCGAGGAAGGAGGAGGGGAAGGGGCGAGGUUCGUGUCGAGCGCGCCCGUGUCGAAGAUCAUAUCGAAGCUGGAGGAGAUUGCGCAGCUGGUGAGCUUUACUGUGAGGAAGAAGGAUUACAGGGUGAGCCUGGAAGGGUCGAGGGAAGGGGCGAAAGGGCCGUUGACGAUCGCUGCGGAGAUAUUCGAGCUGACGCCCAAGUUGGUGGUGGUGGAGGUGAAGAAGAAAGGUGGGGAUAGAGGGGAGUAUGAGGAUUUCUUCAACAAGGAGUUGAGACCUGGGCUGCAGAAAUUGAUGAUGGAGGAAUCUAAACAAGAUGCUGCUUCUGGUGGUGGUGGUAUGGGUUCUACUACGAGUUCCACAAUUGGUUCUCCUCCCAGGCUGUCUACUGAUUCUUUGUCGUCGAUUCCUUGUACAUAUAUACCUUCUGAUACUGAAUAAAAAAGAAACAGAGGAAGCAAAACAGGGUACAGGGCGGGUAAGCUUUGAAUGAAAAGCAGCUGCCUUUUUUUUUUGUAUGAUAAUUCUUUGGUUCUUGUUUUUUCUUUUGUUCUUCUUUCAUUUUUUUGUCUUUCGUUGUGUUCUGAUUUGUAUAUUCUGUUCUAAGUACGAAGAAACACACAAGAGUGUAGAUAGGAUCAAAGAGAAUGGAAUACACAAAGUUUUCUUCGUUUUGUCUUUUUUGCAUUGCAGCAGCUGAGAGUUUCUGCAGAGUGUCAGUAGUGGGCACUGGAAACGGCCAAACACUCUCCUUCCUUUCCCAACUUGUUGCGCCAUAAUGUGCUUUGCUAGAUCUCAUUUUCUCGACUUAUAAUGUCAUCAUCAUGUACGUUUCUUCCGUCCAGUGGCUCAUGGGUCGUGGCUAUACCCAAGGUUGUCAACCCGCGACCCGGACCCGGUUGAGCUAGUGGGUCAAGGGUUAAUGGGUCAUCUGUUUUAGCCCGGUUUAGUCCGGAAAUAUGAAAAACGUCAUUAUAUUGUACUUAUCCUGAUAAAUUAUAUCAAAUCUCAUCUAACAUAUGAGUUAUAACAUAUAAUAUUACACCAAAAUAACAUUUCGUACUUAGAUUCAACAUAUAAUGAAAAUUUACACACACUUAUAUAACAUUAAUAUUCAAAUGUUCAACUUAGGAUUCCAAAGAUUGAGUUAGGCGAAAAGAAAAUUCGGAAAAUAUG